AUGCCUAGUGAUCCAGAAGACGAUUAUAUACCUUGGAUACAACAAUUUUGUGAAUUAUUUGGUCAUGAUUAUUUUGUACAAGUAUCUCAAGAUUUUAUCGAAGAUGAUUUCAAUUUAACAGGACUAUCACUGCAAGUCCCGUUUUAUAGAGAAGCAUUAUAUACAAUAUUAGAUUAUCAAGUUGAAACAGCGGAAGAUCACACAAAUAAUAAUACAACAACAGCUACCACAUCAACCAAUAUAAAUACAAAUAACAAUAACAACAAUAAUAGCAUAAAUAUAGAUUCUCGAGGGGCCAAUAACAAUAAUAAUAAUAACAAUAAUAGCAGUAAAUCCAAAUCAUCUAAUACAUCAGAAUUACCAAAUAAAUCAUUAUUAGCUCAUCUGGCAGAAUUACUAUAUGGAUUAAUUCAUGCGAGAUACAUAGUAUCAAAACAAGGUCUAACGGCAAUGGCAUCUAAAUUUGAAAAAAAUGAUUUUGGUUCAUGUCCAAGAUAUUUUUGUGAUGGGAUGCAUUUAAUACCGGUUGGAUCAACAGAUAUACCUGGUCAAGAAACAGUAAGAUUAUAUUGUCCCUGCUGUAAUGAUAUAUAUAUACCUUCAAGUUCAAGAUAUUUGAAUAUAGAUGGAGCAUUUUUUGGUACAACUUUUCCUGGAUUAUUGGUGAAAAUGUUUCCAGAAAUUGAAAAUCAAUGUAGAAUAAGAAUACAGAAGUUUAGUCAAAAUGAUUUUGGUUUGAAAUUAUUUGGAUUCAAAAUAAAUGAGGUAAGUUCAACUGGUCCACGAAUGAAAUGGUUAAGAACUCAUCCCAAAACAAUAGAAGAGAAAAAGGAGUAUGAUUACUGUGAGUAUAGUGUGCCAAAGAUAACUUACUCAGAUGAUGAAGACGAAGAUGAGGAAGAAGAUGAAGAUAUGGAUGAUGAGGAGGAAGAAGAAUUAGAAGAAGAUGAUGAUAAAACUAUGGCGAGCGAGUAG